UGAUAUUAUACUACGUUCGCGAAAGUUUCACGGUACAUUAUUCACAGAGUUUAUAAAUGUACACUUUAAAGUAUCGGCACUUGUGUGGCCGACACUUGUGUUAGUGUGUAAAUUAAUGGAGAUCAAGCGUUUUUCAUAAGUGCUGCUAGUGAGAUGGAGCGACGCCUGUGACAAAACAAAAAAUAUAUGUCCCUCCAUUUUAGCAGUAACAACAUGUGAGUUUGUUGUAAACACAAUUUAAAUUUUAUGACUUCAAGUCUACCUUUACGCUUUUGCAAUGUUUUUUUCAGUACUUCGCUUUUUUCAUGAGCUUUAGUUAGCUUUUUUUUACAUAAUGAAUGAAGUGGAUCAGAAUUGUGAUGACGAACUGAUAAUAGUGAAUAGAAGAUGUGAAUAUUGUGUCUCUAAAAAGUUCAUUUGUUCAGUCGUGCCUUAUUUUAAAAAAUUGUUUUCUGGCGAUGAAUUGGAAUCAAAGGAAAACAAAGUGACUUUAGAUUUUGAUGAACAUGUUUUCGAUUCUAUCCUUAGUUGGAUUCACACAGGAUUAUUCAUCAUGCAAAUGGAUUAUGUGAUUCUAUUUUAUGAAGCAGCUGAUUAUUUGAUGAUCAGCGAUCUUUUGUUUGAAAGUUGUUUUGAGUAUUUCCGUGAUAAUUUCACCAUAAAAUAUCUUCCAAUUGUCUUAACACAAGUCAAAAAAUCUUCCAAAUUGAUAACUUCAGGAGCUAUUGAUUUUUUCAUUUGUCGCCAUUUCUUGAAGAUCGCUAAUACUGAUACUUUUUUGGAUUAUCCAGUCGAAACGCUUGAACAUAUUUUAAAAUUAGAUUUGAUGAUUUACUCUGAAUAUCAAGUUUUUGAAUCAAUCAUGAAAUGGGCAAAUAAGAAUGAAGAUUCAAGAAAAGAAUUUCUUUUAAAGCUCUUGACAUUCGUGCGUUGGUCUUUCAUGGAUUCUGUUGGCUUAUCAAAAAUCAAGGAUAAUGAAUUAAUGAACGCUUUGCAAAAUUUCGAUUCAAUUGUAUCUUCUAAUGUUGACUGUGGAUUCAAUCGUACUAAACAAAACGUCUUCGUCUCACUCCAGAGGGUGCCUAAUGGAAAGUUACGAGUAAAAAUAUUUGACAAACAUUUAUUUUCAUUACCGAUUGGUGAUUUUACCGAAGAUAAAACAAUGUCACUCGAAUUUGUUCAUGGAGAACACAUUUCAGAUAUUAUAUUUGAUACUGGAAGGGAUUGUUAUCGAGUUGACUGGGACAAAAAGACAUUUCGAUGGCUCGACACACAUGGCUAUUAUCCGGAUAUUAAUAAUGUGAUUGUGAAUUUUCAGGAUAAUCGUAGUCAAUAUUCCUGCUAUUUGGAUGCUAAAGCUACUGCACUUGGUGAUGAGAUUCCCGAUAGCUCAUAUUUAUUGCUUGAAUAUAAUGAUGGAUUUUUUUGCAUCGGAGAAACUUUUAAAAGGAAAUGUUAUGGUAUUUUCCCAGCGACGGACUCGAGAUGGUUCAAUGACUAUGAGGAUUGUGCCGAUGAUGAACUCCAUGCAACUAUUUUGGGCAAAGUUGUUUAUGUUUUGACGGCAGAAUUCAAUUUUUUCCAGUUUAAUAUCGAAACCCGUUCAUACAAAAAGCUCAAACUAUUUGAAGGUGCUGAGGAUCACGAAUAUGAUGAAUUUAUCUUAACUUCUCUUCAUACAGAAGAUGAUAAAGUGAUACUGGUCAAUAAAUGGACCGGAAAAUUCUAUGUUUACUUCAUUAAACAAAAGAAAUGGUCUGACAAAUACGAAAUCUUGAAUGCUAACCCAGAUUUCGACUAUUCUGAUGAAGAUAGUCAUGAUUAUGAGUUAAUCACCUUCACCUCUACGUUUUUACCGAUGAAAAAUAUAAAACCAUUGUUCAGGCGAGAAUUUUUGUAACACUUAGAAAUCUGGCUUUCUAAUAGCUCAAUACAAUCAACAGUGAAUUUGAUUUAUCGGAAUUCAACAAUUCUCCGUUUUAUUCAA